AUGAGCGAUCUCAUGGAGUUCGAAACCUCAUAUCUUGCCACACAAGAUCGCUUGGAGAUACGGAUCGCUGUUUUGAAGUUGGUGCUAGGACCUGCAAACGUAUAUGCGUUUCGUUGGAAAAGGCUUCGAGUCCGCACGGUUCCCUUGAUAGUUUAUGAGGGAGUCUUCCUUGCCUCCAAGCUUGGCGACGCCUCAGCGACAGGGCUACCAGUGCUAGACAACGCAACUUUGAAGCUUUUUCAUGAUAAUGGAAUUCAUGGUGAGGUGGUUGGAUUUGCUGCAAAGGAAGAACGUGAAUGUGGCAUCGUCUUGUUAGAUUACUCGAGCUACACAGAUGGAAGAAUGUUCGAUGGAGUACUGGAACCAUUUGAAAAAUCGCUAAACAUCAGCCUUACCCCUAUUGAGGAGAUGAGAAUGAAAGUAUAUACGGUGAUGAAGGAGGACGCAAAAAAACUCCACCUGCGAGAAAUGGAGGCAGAAUUCAAAAAAUAUAGAGCCGUCACGCCUCAUUACAGUACGGGACAACUCGAGUUUUUUCCUGGAAGUAGACGCGUCAUUGAAGUAAAAAUCUGCUACCCGGUCACUAUGGAAGAGAGCAUAGGAAACAUGAGUAUGGAUUUGACGAUAGCUUUACCGUCAAAUCGUUUACCUAUCGGACCAACACAACACGACCAGGGCACAGGAUUCGGGCAGGGCACCGACGUAACGGGAUUGAAGCGCCUAGAAGUGGAUUGGGAACCCGGAAAAAAGGAGGAAGUUUGGGUAGGCUCCUACCCUUAUCCAAAAGUUCGAGCUUCUUACCACAAAACGGCCUACGGAGGGCAAUUUUUUGUACUGGACAAAAAAUCGAAGAAAUGGAUCGAUUACUAUUUAAAAUUGAGGGAUUUCGUAAUACGAAUGAAUCAUCUGGAAGGAAUGAUGGAACCGACCUCGCCAUUUUUUCUGCAGUACAAAGGAAGUACCGUAGAACGUUACAAUGUCUCGCACAUAAUGAAACAAUUCCUACGCGAUAGCGGCUACAAAGGAUUGAAUGUUUCAUGUAACGCGACAAGACACGCUAUUGCUACUGGACAGUAUGAGGAUUUCUACCGUAAAAAGUGCGAACAACUUGGCAUAGCGGAUGAGGACAUGACGCAACUUGCAUCGCAUUCGAAAAGGAUACAGUUGGCAAGAUAUCAAGAUGCUUACAUGACCAGUUGCGCCUAUGGUUAUGUAAAGGUGCGGCAGGUUGCACAAAGGCAGGAAGCAGAGAAUCAAGAUGCAGUCCAGCGGGUGCGCGACAUGUUCAAACUUGCAAAUUUGGAAAGUCGUCGUAGAACAGCUGUACCUGAUGUGGUCGCAGAUAUGCUUGAGUUAGAGGAUUUUGACGACGAUGUGUCUUCUCUUUCAUCUGACAGUGAAGAAGAUCAUCCUACAAAUGUGUUGGAAGAGCAACCCGGCCCUUCUUCUCGCACUGAUCCGACACGACAAAGGGUUACGGAUAAAAGAAUCUAUAACGUCACUUACACAUUGUUUACUUAA